UGAGUUUGUUUGGUGAAACCCUAGAUAAUAAUGGGUGAUGACAAUAUUAAUCAAAUGGGAAGUACUAGUUCAUCAUCAAUGAUGAAUAAUUGUGAGAUUAUUGAUUGGGAUGGGCUAUUUUCUAGUUCUUGUUUGAGUAAUAAUUUGGAGAUGGUAGAGAAGGGAAUUUGUGGAAGUGAUCAGGAUGAUAAUAAUUAUUAUCCAAUGGGAGAUAAUAAUAAUAAUGUUGUUAUUGGAGGAGUAAAAGAGGGUGAUAUUAUUAUUGGUGGAGGGCAUAAUAACAACAACAACAACAACAAUUGUAAGUAUAAAGGGAAAAUGGUGAUGGGUAAAAGAAGUACAAUAGCUUCUCCAAGAAUUGCUUUUCAAACAAAAAGUGUUGAGGAUGUUCUUGAUGAUGGCUAUAGAUGGAGGAAAUAUGGUCAGAAGGCUGUCAAACAUAGCAACCAUCCUAGGAGCUAUUACAGGUGUACACAUCACACAUGCAAUGUUAAGAAACAAAUUCAAAGGCAUUCAAAGGAUCCAACUAUAGUGGUUACAACAUAUGAAGGGAUUCACAAUCAUCCAUCUGAGAAAUUAAUGGAAACUCUAACCCCUCUUCUCAAGCAAUUGCAAUUCCUUUCAGGCAUUUAGAAUUUAAAAAUUAAUCAUAAUUUUCCUUUUCAAUUUUCAUCAACUUUUUUCUGUGUAUGUAUUUCUGCUCAAUCUUUCUUCUCCAAUGCCACUGGAAAACCCUAGUAGUGUUAAGGUUGGGAAAGAGAUCACUUUCUUCUCUGAUUAAUGGCUUCUAAACUCUGUUUGUUUGUAAAAACAAUGUUAACUUUUUUCUUUUUCCGUUA